CGGUCAACCACCUAUUUUUAUAGAGAAAAAGAGGGUUAUUAAAAAAUGAUGAUAAAUAUUGAGGAAAUUAUACAUCAAAUGAUGCCAACACUUGAGAAACCUUAUCCAGAUAUGUUUUUGAAAAAGGUAGAUUUAUUGGUUCGACAGUCAUAUCAGAAAGAAAUUAUAUUAAAAUCUAAGCAAGAACCAGCACGUAUAAGAUUAUGUAUAAAUAUUGCUCAUGAAAGGUGAGUGAUGAUGAGAAUAAUAUAAGUAAUCAGUAUGAACUGUUGAACGGGUCAGAUUGUCGAAAAAAUUGUCACUUCCUAAAUUAUCUAUGGAGAAAUUACCAUUACCUAUAAAACAAUAUGAAGGAUUAUUAGAACAAUUUCGUUAUGAGCUAGCACCAUAUUUGAAAGGAUGUGAGGAAGUUGAAAAAGGGGAAAAAAAGCUAUCAAAAGAAAUAAUCUAUAAAUUAUGUGAUAAAAUGAAAAUACAGUCAAAAAUAAAUUAUUUUAUAGAAGCAUUAGAAAUAUGUAACAAAAGAUACCCACAUGUUUAUGAUAGAAAAGGGCUUAUUGCAGGAAUGUUUAUUAUGAUGAUAAAUUAUUUAAGAAAAGAAAAAAAUAUAAAUCGUGAAGAAAAAGAAGAAGUAUUAUUUAUAUUAGGUAUAGAUAAUAUGAAGCAAAAAGAAUUGAAAUAUUGGAUUGAAUUUGUUAAAGAAGAUAAUGAUAAACAUAAGUGGAUAGAGUCUAUAUUUGAAAAGAAAAUUGAUGAAUCAAUAGAAAUAGAAUCUAAUACAGAAAGUAAAUUACAAUGUCGAGCAGUUAGUGGUGUAGGGAUGAUGAUUCAUCCUCAAGUUGAUUUUUAUGGAGAUAAACAUUAUUCAGAAUAUUUAAAAUGGAAAAAAAGUAUUUUAAAGAGGAUAUCUUUAUUAAAAGAAUCAAAGAAUGAAAGAAUUGAAUAAACGAAUAACAAUUGGCAUAUGAAACAUAAUUGCAUAACACUCA